AUGCCCAAAGGAUUCCUGGUGAAAAGGAACAAGAAAGCGACUCACGUUUCCUAUCGGAUUCGUGCAGACGAAGACGAACAGGAAUCGACCCCGGGAUGCCAGAGUCAAAACGAUGCGUCUCCACCUGUUUCCGUAGCCUCCAGCCCGGACCACGUAGCAGCGUCACCAUCCAACGUAGCAGACACGCCGGUAUCAAUCCAGAGAGCAAAUCCUGUGCAGUUUGGCAAUCCAGAGACUGUGUACCAAGCUCUGUAUAGCCCCACCCGGCCCAUCAGCAAAGAUCACGAAAGGAGAUAUUUCGAGAGAAGUUUUAAUCUCGGCUCUCCUAUUUCCGCGGAAUCGUUUCCCACCCCAGCCUCCAUAAGCAGUUUGGACCAUUUACUGUUCGCUCCGAUAGACUUGAAAAUCGGUACCAGCAACAGCAACCGGGAUGAAAGCACCAGCAGCGCUCCCACUCCGUCUAUCAGGAACAGCACCAAAAGGCCUUCCUCCGACAACGAGCGCAAAAGUAGGCAAGGUGCCAAGAAACCUAAAGCGAUAAGGAAACUUAACUUCGAAGAUGAAGUAACAACAUCUCCAGUGCUUGGUCUUAAAAUCAAAGAAGGGCCCGUGGAUCUUAAGCCAAAGCCACCCUCAUCAGGAGGAAACAAGCCACUGGGAGAAUUCAUUUGCCAGCUUUGUAAGGAAGAGUACACAGAUCCGUUCUCCUUGGCUCAGCACAAGUGCUCCAGAAUAGUGAGGGUGGAGUAUCGAUGUCCGGAGUGCGACAAGGUGUUCAGCUGUCCGGCAAACCUAGCCUCCCACAGACGCUGGCACAAACCAAGACCACAGAAUACACAGGGAUUACCAACCGCACAGGCCACUAAAGCUGACAAUACUAAAGUACCGUCUGUCGUGAAGUCUCUUUCUGAAGAUAUUAAAGAUAUGAGAGCUGAGCUUUCAAGUGACAGGGACACCCCAAGUCCCGGUUUGUCAGAGUCCGGAUCCGAAGACGGUCUGUAUGACUGCCAACACUGUGGGAAAAAGUUCAAACGCCAGGCAUACCUAAGAAAACACGUUCUAGGACACCACGCUUUGCAGAACCAUAUUCUUGCAGACGCCUUUCAAAACUCACAGAGAAUGGGGAGCCCAGACCACGUAUCCUCCUCCACGGAAGACAGCCAAAGUCAGAGUCCCCUGAAUCUGAGCCAGGUCGACUGCCUUCUCUGUCCGGUCUGCGGGGAGAAUUUCCCCACCAGAGCCAGUCAGGACCGACACCUGCGCCUUUUGCACUCGUCCCAGGUAUUCCCCUGCAAGUACUGCCCGGCUACUUUCUACAGCUCCCCGGGUCUCACCAGGCACAUCAACAAAUGUCACCCUACAGAAAACAGGCAGGUCAUUCUGCUCCAAAUGCCUGUGCGUCCCGCGUGCUGA